CUCGCCCCUUGACUGUCCACCAAACACUCUCGUGUAUCUUGCCCUCAUCAAUCAUCCACGCGCACAAACAGACGAACGCAACAAUAUCUCUCUGACCCUCCUCUUUCUUUCAUUCUCCCUCCACCUCUUGAUACUCUAUUUCUCUUGUUCUCUUAAUUGUGAAAAUUACUCUUGAACUUGUCUGUUUGUCCUCUCAGCGUGGCCUGAGAUGGGCAUUUUUCAAAAAUUAAACAUUGCUGCUUGGUUUAGAGACUUCACUUGUUGAGGUUGAUAGGUGAAGAAGAAGAAGAAGAAGAAGAAGAAGAAGAAGAUGAAGAUACAGUGUGAUGUGUGCGAGAGAGCGCCGGCGACAGUGAUAUGUUGCGCGGAUGAAGCUGCGCUGUGUGAGAAAUGUGAUGUGGAGAUUCACGCAGCGAACAAACUCGCGAGCAAGCACCAGAGGCUUCUCCUCAACUGCCUCUCCAACAAACUCCCUCCCUGUGACAUUUGCCGGGAGAAGGCGGCGUUCAUCUUCUGUGUCGAAGACCGAGCUCUCUUCUGUCAGGACUGUGAUGAACCAAUCCAUUCCGCGGGGAGCCUCUCUGCGAACCACCAGAGGUUCCUAGCCACCGGCAUUAAGGUGGCUCUAAGAUCUAGAUGUGCCAAGGACGGUGACAAAACCCACUCCAAGCCACCGAACCAGAGCUCUCAACCAGUUAAAACACCCCACCAACAGCUUUCCAUCUCAACUUCGCCAUGGGGCGUCGAUGACCUGUUGCAGUUAACGGAUUUUGAAUCUUCUGACAAGAAAGAGCAGCUAGAGUUUGGAGAGCUAGAGUGGCUUGCAGACAUGGGGCUUUUCAGUGAUCACGUCCCUCAAGAAGCGGCUGAAGUUCCCCAGCUGCCGAUGCCACAGUCGAGCAACUACACUUCCUCCAGGACCUCCAAAUUCAAUGUCUCACACAAGAAGCCGAGGAUUGAAAUCCCAGACGAUGAUGAGGAGCACUUCACCGUCCCUGAUCUCGGAUGAGAAUAGAGGAGUUAACUUUGAGGGUAGUGGUUGAUAGGUUUGAUCAUAGUCUGGUGUGUUGGUACAUAGAUACGCGUAUAUAUUUACAUAUGCACGCGUAAUGCAUGUACAACUUAAAGUAACUGUUGAACUGCUAUAGAAGUCGUCCUUAAUGUCAUGGGUUAGAAGAAAUAGACAGGUCUUUCUUCCACUAGAUUUCCUUUCUUUUUCUUUGUUAGAAUUACACUUAAAAUUUGUGGCUAUGUAUUAAAAGUAUCCGCUUAUGCAUUACUUUGUGACGACGAUGAGUCGAGCUUAUGCAUGGGUGAAAUUUACAACA